AUGUCAGAUCACUCCGUGAAGAGAAGAAAGCUGAGUCCCUCUCCGGGCCAAAUCAAAUCUUCCGCCACCGUGGCGGCCGAGACCGAGAAAGCGGACCAUACUGUCGCGCGCAAAGAUGCGCAUCAAUCAAGCACCCAUCCGGACCGCCGGGCAAAGGAUGACCAUUCUGCUGAAUUGGCAAUGGCGAGCGGCUUUUACAAAUCUAGCUUUUUUAAGCUACAGGUGGAUGAGCUUCUGUCUGGGCUGAAAAUGAAUUACGACAAGCGAAUCUCGAAACUUCAGGAUACCCUACACAAAGUGAAGGGUGCCAUUGAAAACCUGCCGGACCGUUCUCCCAAGUCAAUUCCGGAGGCUGAAAAAGAGCUUCGCACGGCAUCAGGAAUUAUGAUCCCAUGGCCCGAGCCGCGGCCGAGCAAGGAUGCUAAGUACACCAUGUCAUAUAUGAAGCCAACCAACAUCAACGUGGUGGGAAGCUUUGCCUUGCGGACAGGGGCCAAGACUGCCGAGUCUCGUCCAGUGGAUCUGGCGGUGACAAUGCCCGGUUCUAUUUUCCAGGAAAAGGACUACGUCAAUUAUCGGUAUUUCCACAAGCGCGCUUACUACGUUGCUUGUCUCGCCGCCGGUAUCCAAGAAACUGCCAAUGCUCUCGGAUUAGACGUGAAAUUUGGAUUUCAGGAUGGUGACAGCCUCCGCCCAUUGUUAUUGUUGGAACCUCAUUCCUCUAAAGGCGACGUGACACCCUCGCGCCCUCAAAUCCGGAUACUGACUGCGAUUGACCCGACAUUGUUCCCCAUCACCCGAACGCUACCAUCCAAGAACAACAUUCGCCAGGGCUCCGCGACUGAGAAAGAAUCCGAUAUAUCGACAUCAUUUUACAAUGCUAGUCUUCGAUCUGAAGCCUCGGUCUCCCUCUGUCACAAAUAUCUUCACUUUGCUUCCCAGAAGUGUGAAUCUUUCCGCGACGCGUGUAUCCUCGGACGUACCUGGUUGCAACAACGGGGACUCCAUACCUCGUUCCAGCAUGGAGGCUUCGGGGGUUUCGAGUGGUCCGCGCUCAUCUCCUUGCUAUUUGAAGGUGGUGGACCUUCUGGCCAACCGAUUCUUCUGCGAUCUUACAGCAGCUAUCAGAUCUUCAAGGCUACCAUGCAAUUCCUUGCUGGCCGUGAUUUGACAACUCCUUUGGUUCUUUUUGCAACCGAGAUUUCUGUUUCCAGCAACGGAAAACCUGUUUUGUAUGACGGUCGCCUCGGACUGAACUUGCUCUAUAAAAUGACUCCAUGGUCCUAUAAAAUGCUGCGCCACGAGGCGUCUAUGACACUAAAAAUGCUCAACGAGUCCCGAGAGGAUAACUUCGAUAGGGUCUUCAUUGUCAAGGUUGAUGAACCGGCCUUGCGAUUUGACCGACUCAUCGCGUUCCCCAAGUUCUUCAACGGCGGUACUUUACAAUCUCUUCGUGAUCAAACCAAGCUAUACAAUGUACUGUCAAGGGCUUUGGGGGAUCGCAUUAAAUUGAUUUCUCUCACGAGCCACUCUGUGGGCGCUUGGUCUGUCCGCGCUAAGGCAAUGAACAAAACAGCCACCAAGGAUGUGUCUGUCGGUCUCAUGCUCAAUGCUGAUAAUGUCUCUCGAGUAGUCGAUCACGGACCAUCGGCAGAAGAUAAGGAAGAAGCGGCCUCUUUCCGUGCAUUUUGGGGUGAAAAGGCCGAACUCCGACGAUUUAAGGACGGCAGUAUCUUGGAGAGUCUUGUGUGGUCCGAUCAAGAAUCUGAAGAGUCCAUCGUGCACCAAAUCCUUGCUCAUGUCUUGCAGCGGCAUUUGAAAAUCUCCGAGGACGACUUCUUCCUCCAUGGUGAUGAGUAUGAUGAUAUUCUCCACGAUGAAGGUGACGGAGUUGUGUCUUAUUCCAAUUCUCCCUUCCAGUCCAUCAACGAUGCUUUUAGGGAGUUGGAGCAAUCGAUCCGAAGCAUGGACGACGUUCCCUUAACUAUUCGGCAUUUGGCCCCGGCCAGUCCCCUACUUCGUUAUUCGGCCCUCCGCGUACAGGGCGCAAGCGGAGCCCACGGAGCAGCUGAUGUUGUUCUUCAGUUUGAAAGCUCAUCGCGCUGGCCUGAUGAUUUUGCGGCCAUACAGAUGACAAAGACUGCUUUUCUCAUCAAGAUCGGAGAUUCUCUUGAAUCCUCGGGCGCUGCUUCAUCGUGUCGUGUUGGCUUGGAAAACGAGUCCAGCAAAGUGCUCAACAAUGCUUACCUGGACAUCCCCCACACAUCAGGCUUCACAUUUCGUCUGAGAAUUCAUCAUGAACGUGAGCAGACACUACUUGAACGUCAGCUCAAGAACAAAACAAUCAGCCCCCGGGAACGAGAAGAAGCUGCCUACGCUCUCUUUGCGUACAAGAAGGUUUUCAUCCAGACUCCUCGCCUGACCCAGGCUCUUCGGAGCCUCUGCACUCGUUUCCCUCUGCUGUCCCCUACCAUCCGUUUAGUCAAACAUUGGUUUGCCUCCCACCUCUUCUCUGCUCAAAUCUCCGAAGAGCUGAUAGAGCUGCUGACUACCCGGGUCUUUACCCAAUCUUACCCCUGGGACAGUCCCUCAAGUAUUAUGACCGGAUUUUUGCGAACUCUCCACUUUAUUUCCCGUUGGGAUUGGCAACAAGAGCCUUUCAUCGUUGACCUCGGCGGAGAUCUUAACCCCGAAAUCACUGAAACCAUUCGAACUCGGUUCACUGCAUGGCGCAAUAUUGACCCGGCAAUGAACACUGUUGCCCUAUUCAUUGCUUCGGACGUCGAUCCAGAUGGCGUCACGUGGACGCAGUAUGAAAUGCCUUCGAAGGUCGUGGCCGGACGCAUGUCUAUGCUGGCAAAGGCAGCGGUGAAUUUGCUACGAACACAACACGACGAGCUCGACGUAACUGAUCUCUUCCAUACAUCUCUUGCGCCUUACGACUUCGUCAUUCAUCUGCAGUCGAAGAUGUUCAAUGGCCGAUCGGUCUCGAGGUCGAAGUAUAAGAACUUGGCAGACGCGAUUGCUCCCGAGCAAGCCAGCAAGCUAGCUGUUGUUAAGUCUUUUAUCCAGGAAGUUCAAGCAUGUUACAGUCAAAGCAUCCUUCUCUUCUACGGAAACGAAAGCUCUGGUUUGGUUGCAGGUCUAUGGAACCCCCAAACACUCAAACCACGGAAUUGGAAUCUGAAGACAGCAUUUUCGACAGCGCCAGCAUCAGUCAACCACCAGGAGAAGGAGGGCCUUGUUAUGAUCAACCAGGCAGCCAUUUUGAAUGAGAUAGCCCGCCUGGGCGAUGGCUUUAUCGACCGUAUUGAAACGUCCAGCAGUGUGGAAGAAGCAUAA